AUGCCAGAAAACUGCAAAGAAAACGAGAUCGAAGUGACAUCUGAACAAGCCGAAGUUUUAAUCAUAGCCGAUUCUACAGAACUAGAUUAUGAGACAGGAUUCAGUCUUCGAUACAUUCAAGAUUCUGGUAAACCUCUGCCGAAACCGCCACCGUCAAUCUGGGUGCCAGGAAGUGAGAAUCGUGGUUUCCGAGGUCAAACUGGUAGUGGUGGUCCAAUCGAAAAGUUCAUCCUCAAUGCCAUCCCGAAAGUUCGAGAUCCAAAUCGUCCAUGGGAAAGCAUAGCAAGCAUUGUUACUGAAUACAGUCUGGCCAGUUUAUUUGGUGUAAGCCAAAGGCGAUAA